AGUAUGGGUCGGCUUGAUGGGAAGGUCAUACUGCUGUCUGCAGCAGCACAGGGGAUUGGACGAGCAGCUGCUCUCGCUUUUGCCAAAGAAGGAGCCAAAGUCAUUGCUACAGACAUCAAUGAGUCUAAGCUGCAAGAACUAGCAAAACAUCCAGGCAUUCAAGUACGGGUUCUGGAUGUCACCAAAAAGGAGCAGAUAGAAAAUUUGGCCAUGGAGAUUGAAAGGAUUGAUGUUCUCUGUAAUAUUGCAGGGUUUGUUCAUCAUGGAACCAUUUUGGAGUGUGAAGAUCAAGACUGGAACUUCACCAUGAAUCUCAAUGUUCGCAGCAUGUAUCUAAUGAUCAAGACAUUUCUUCCUAAGAUGCUUGAACAGAAAUCUGGAAAUAUUAUAAAUAUGUCUUCUGUGGCAUCCAGCAUUAAAGGAGUCGUGAACAGAUGUGUAUAUAGUACUUCAAAGGCAGCAGUUAUUGGUCUAACAAAGUCUGUGGCUGCUGAUUUCAUUGAACAAGGCAUCAGAUGCAACUGCAUAUGUCCUGGAACUGUUGACACGCCAUCUUUACAGGAAAGAAUCCAAGCCCGGCCUAACCCAGAACAGGCAUUGAAAGACUUUCUAGCCAGACAGAAGACUGGUAGGAUGGCCACUGCCGAAGAAGUGGCCCAUCUCUUUGUGUACUUGGCCUCCGAUGAAUCUGCCUACGUGACUGGUAAUGAACUAAUCAUUGAUGGAGGAUGGAGCUUGUGACUGACCCUGCUUGCAAGUGGGAAUUCAUAUUAUGAAAGGCAAAAAGCAAAGAUUGAGAUUCUCAGUUAAGCUUGCAAAGAUUUAGAUCGCACACAUGAUGGAAUUCAAAGCAAAUUUGAUGCAUUUUUACUGCUAUGUGAUCUCUUUCUAGAAUCUGAGUUGUGUUUUAAGCAAAUCCGAGUGAAAGGAAUUAAAUGCCACCUUUGUUCUC